GAGGGGAAGCUUGAAGAACUGGUUUUAUGACUCAUGCUCUUCCUCUAACCGCUCCUAUUUCACUUUAAUGGUGUCACAGAUCUUUUUCCCUGUCUAGUUUCUUCAGUGUGAAAAUAACUGACGGACCAUCAGGGUUCCUUCAAACUCAGCAGUUGUGUUGAUUUUCCUUCAUUCCUGAGGAAAUCCUCAUGUCCUUCUCACCUGGUCGAACUCACUGCAGGCUUCCAGGUGGAAAACUUAUUGACAAGAAUGGAAAAGAACCCAAACCUGGAGACAUGAUUGAGAUCUUCCGUGAUCUCUAUCAGCACUGGGCUGUUUAUGUUGGCAACGGCUACGUUGUUCAUUUCUCAAUAGAGGGGGGACAGUCUGGCUCCGGCACAGCGGCAGGUAAGAAAGGCAGUGUGAGAAAAGGCCUCCUGAAGGAUGCUGGGAAAUGGAAAGUCAACAACUACCUUGAUGAGGAAUACGAGCCCCGUCCCAGUGAUGAAAUAGUGAAGAAGGCCUGUUCACUAGUGGGUUCUAAUCUGACCUACAGCCUCGGCAGCUACAACUGUGAACACUUUGCUACUGAGCAGCGCUACGGCAGACCAGAGUCCAGACAGGCAGAAAACCUGAAAGCAGGAAUAGAACAGCUGAGUAACUCCAGUCACCAUUGGAGCUUCAAUCACCGGAGGAUCAGGGAAUAGAAAGACCACAAAUUCCUGCAGAAAGGGCGAGGAGGAGUUGAGGUGAUAACCCCUGAUUCCUUCAGCCAGAAGGAAGAACUGUGCAACUGCAUCCAUCUGCUCAGAUAGACGUGGAUGAAGGUGAACGUUGAAGUUAAAAGUCAACAGGUCAUCCUGACCUUCGGCUCUUUGCAAACUGAUGAUCAGAUCCUUCACAUUCCUACCAUGAAUUCAUUGUAUUUCUACCUGUUUACAGCAUCUAUUUAUUUGUAUCCUCUAGUGUUAAUAAAAUAAAAUAAUGUGCAGUUUGUAUUUAA